AUGACGUCAACAACUACCUCGUCGCUCGACACUGAUUGGUAUAGUGAGGCUAAUGUACUUCUGAAGAAAAUCGUUGAUCAAUACGAUGAAGAUCAUGAGCUUGGAACGCUUAAUUCAAGUAUAUAUGACACAGCCUGGGUCUCAAUGAUAGAUAAAUCUAUCAAUGGCGUAAGACAGUGGCUUUUUCCGGACGCCUUUCAGUUUAUAUUGGAUUGCCAGUCAAGUAUUGGAGGAUGGCAAGUCGAUUGUCCUUCUAUUGAUGGAAUAGUUAAUACAUUGGUAUGUCUUCUUUCACUAAAGCGUCAUCAAUCGACGAUUCAUCUCUGGAAAGAAAGUCAAGAUAGUAUCGUUCAUCGAAUUGAUACUGCUAUUGCAUUUCUCAACAGUCAGCUGAAUGAUUGGGAAGUUAUGAAAACAGAACGAGUUGCUUUCGAGCUGAUUAUUCCGACGCUAUUUGAUUUACUUGAGAAAGAGUUCGGUAUUACAUUCAAAUUUCGUGAUUGUGCUGCUCUACUUGCUCUUAAUCAUAAAAAAAUGUCCAUGAUCAAAGAUUCAAUGAUUUAUGAAACGCAAAGUUCUUGUCACCAUACCUUAGAAGCCUUCAUUGGUAAGAUAAACUUUGAUCGGCUUGUUAAUCUGAAAUGUCAAGGAAGUUUCAUGGCCUCUCCUUCUUCAACAGCUGCGUAUCUUAUGAACGCUUCUGUUUGGGAUGAAGAAGCUGAACAAUAUCUUCGACGUGUUACCUCCCAUUGUGAAAAAUAUGGAAACAGAGGAGUUCCCACCUUUUGGCCAACUACUAUUUUUGCAUCUUCGUGGGUUAUCUGUAAUUUAUUGGAAAAUGGUUUUGAAGCGAACAAACUCGAUAAAUAUUGUCUUGAUCGAAUAAAAGAUAUGCUGAAAAGAGUACUAACUGUGCAGGAUGGUAUCGUUGGAUUUGCUGAACAUCAACUACCAGAUGCAGAUGAUACAGCUAAAUCAUUAACAGUUUUACACUAUCUCGGAGAUUCACCUUCAGUUCAACCACUUAUUACAAAUUUCGAGGUGGAUACACAUUUUCGAUGUUAUCUGGAGGAACGCAAUCCAAGUAUCAGUGCUAACUGUAAUGUUUUGAUUAGUUUACUACAUGUUUCUACACCAGAACAGUAUACUGAUCAAAUAGAAAAAGUGGUGACAUUUAUUUGCGACAAAUGGUGGACAAAUGACGGUAUGUUGACGGACAAAUGGCAUCUUUCAUGGUUAUAUCCAGCCAUGCUUGUAUCGCAAGGAUUAACCCUUCUUUUAUAUCGUCAUGAUGAUAUUCCGUUCCCAUCUUUGCCAGACAAUCUUAUUAAAGACAAAGUUCCCAUCGUACUAUUUCAGCUAAUCGUUCGUAUUCUUCAAUCCCAAUCAGUAGAAACAGGUUCUUGGGGAGAGAAUGGUUCUCGUCAAGAAACAUCUUAUGCAAUCAUAGCACUGGCUAAUCUUGCAUCUUUACCGUUUGUAGAGUCAAUACGUGCACAGAUAGACGUCGCUAUAGCACGCGGACGAGCUUAUCUACAAUCCACAUCGCACACAAACUCAACGGAAGUUGAAUCCAAAGAACUUCUUUGGAUUGAUAAAAUCGUGUAUGGAAGUGAAUUGACUGCAAGUAAAACUGAUCAAGAUCAAUUGCAGCUUGAGCUUAAGUCUUUUAUUCUUGCAAACUUUAAACAAUGUGAAGAUAGUAUACGAUUAGAAGCACAGACAUCAAUAAUUACGUUUGAUACACCACGUUCCUCCUAUUUCCGAUGGAUUCACACGACAGCGAUUGAUCAUUUCAGUACACCAUGUAUAUUUGCAUUUCUUACAUGUUUACUUAGCAAUACACAUGAUGGUAAGGCGGAUUUUUUUCCAACUUCAGAGAUCAAAUACAUUGUACGAGAUUGUAUUUCUCAUAUUUCGAUCAAAAGCCGUAUUUAUAACGAUUAUGGAUCACUGCGAAGAGAUCGUGAAGAAAAGAAUUUAAAUUCAGUUUUCUUUCCAGAAUUCGAAGGUCAACUAAAUAAAACAGAUACCGAACUCAAAGAAGAGCUCAUGCAUAUCGAUGAAUAUGAAAGUAAAUGUUUAGACGUAUCUAUGAUGGAAUUGCGUAGAAUAGCUACUCAGAAAUUUGGUACAAGUAUGGGAAAUAGAUUAUAUGAAGUGAUCAAACUUUAUUAUAAUUCUAAUACAAUUUACCAGCAAAUUUACGCAUUAAAAGACAUUGUCACUCGGAGUUGA